AUGAAUCUGAUCACGAAAGAGGUGAAGGAGAUUAUAGUCGAAGCUGGGUUUCAGCAAAAGCCCAUUGUUACCAUGACGUCCACUUCCACUGUGAAGGACGACGUGAUGGUCGGGUUUGAUGAAGUGUUUCUUGAAGUCUUGCAUAAGCUGACCGGAGACCAACUCAGCCGCCAAAUAAUCCCAAUUAUGGGGAGGGGCGGAAUUGAAACACUUAGAGAAGUUUAUAUUCAAGCAAUUGGGCACUCAUGUGAUCGGAAUGAGAAUGAAAAACUCGGUGAUCUAAGUGAAAUUCAAUUGAGAGAAAAGUUAUACAAGUUUUUAUGUGGUAAGAGAGUUGAUAUCGAAUUUCUAGAUGAAGCUAGUAGUUGGGAUUUGUUUUGUAAGACCGUGUUUGAAAAGAAAGUUGUCCUCUUGGGGUUAGAGAAUAUUGGGAAGGCUAUUGUAGUAAAGUGUAAAGGACUUCCUUUAUCAAUUAUUACAAUGGAGGACUUUUGGCAAAGUCUCGACGCACGAGAAUAUUGGGAGUUUAUAGAGCAAGAUUUAAAUUCUGUUAUUAAAAGUAAUGAUGAAUCUUGCAUGAAAAUAUUGUGGAUGAGCUAUAUCUAUCUGCCAAAUUAUUUGAAGCCGUGCUUUUUAUAUAUGGCUAAUUUUGAGGAAGAUCGUAGUAUUCGCGUGUCAAUGCUCAAAAAGCUAUGGAUUUCUGAAGGAUUUUUAAAACCAAGGAGUGGGAAAAGUUUGGAAAUAAUUGCGCAAGAAUACUUUAAGGAGUUGGUUGAUAGGAAUCUCAUUUUAGUUGAUAGGUUGGGGUCUACUGGAAAUGUUAAGCACUGUAAAAUUCAUGAUUUGUACCGAAAUUUGUGCCUGGAAGAAGUCGAAAAGGAAAGGUUUUAUCAUGUUAUAAGAAACGAUCCUCCACGCUUAAAUAGCAGAAGUCGGGUUGCUCUUAAGACUUCAGUGGUGUUAAUAAGCGAACUCUUAGAAUCCUUGUCGCAUGCUCGUUCCUUAUUACGUGAUGAGCUUCAAAUCCCACACCAUCUUAGAUUGUUGAGGACAUUCAAAGCAUAUGAUGAAGAUACUACGAGUGGUGCUUAUUUCCUCGACAACGUGUUUGAAUUGGUGAACUCGCGAUACCUAGCUGUCAGAGUUCAUAAAGAGUCUAAAUUCCCUACUUCGAUUGAUCUACUAUGGAAUCUUCACACAUUGAUUAUUCAUUGUUGGCGUUACCUUAUUGCACCAAUCGGAAUUUGGAAAUUGCAUCAACUUCGACAUCUCGAGUUUCAUGAGAAAGGAUUGAUUCUCCCUGAUCAUCCUAGUGGUGGCAAUGGCAUUGUUAUCAUGGAGAAUUUGCACACACUCAAAGGAGUUCUGAAUUUGUUUUUGAAUGAGGAGGUGGUUAAGAGAAUUCCCAAUGUGAAGAAGUUGCAUCUAAUCUACAAUGUGCAACAAAUGGAGGGAGAAAACUGUCUUAGUUAUCUUCAGUGUUUAAGUAAAUUGGAAAACUUCCACUGCACCACUAGAAAUGGAUGCGAUGACUAUUUGCAGAGGGUUAGGUUCCCAUCCUCCCUCAAAAAGUUGUUCGUCGAUGCCUCUCCCGAUCCUGAAUUGGAAGACAUGUUGCAAAAAAUCGGUUCAUUGCCCCUUCUCGAGAAGUUUGUAUUACAAAAUGGCUUCUUCAAAACAGGCAAGUGGGAGACAGUUGAAGGCCAAUUCGCAAGCCUCAAGUUUCUACAAUUGGAGGCUUGUGGUGGUCUAGACGAUUGGAUUGUGACGGAUAAGUCUCACUUUCCAGUUCUUCAGAAGCUUCAUCUUCGUAAUUUAGGCCAACUAAAGGAGAUUCCAUCGGAAGUUGGAGAAAUAGCAACAUUGAAAUCUAUUUCAUUAGAAUAUUGCAGUAAAUUAGCAGUGGUGUCAGCGAAAAGGAUAGUAGAGGAACAAGAGGAUUUAUUUGGAGACGAACUAGACCUUCAUGUUCGAGCUCUAGUUUGGAAAAAAGAAAAAGCACUGAAGAGCUUGGCAAGUGUCAACUUCGAAGUUAAUGUUUGUCUCAUAGCUUCGAAGGCCCCAAGUCCUCUUCCCUUUCCAACUCAUGGAGCAGAUGCAGAAAAACAAGAAGACCUAGCUAGCUCAUUAGAAUAA